CUCAUUCUCCUAAUUAUGAAUCUGAUGAUGUGAAGAAUGUGAAAGUGAGAAGAGAAAUAGAAUGCAGUAAAAUUAAAGGCACCUAGGAGACGAAGAGCAAGCUCUCCAAAAAAAAUACGGAGUAAUUUGAUUAGAACUAAAUUUUUGAAUCCAAGCUGCCGCCGAGAUUCUUGAGUUAGCACAGGUACAGCCCACUUGUAUAUAGGCACAAGAAGAAGAUGAAGCUUUCCCUUAGUCCCCAUAAACAUAAUUUAAUGAAUUCCAGACCCAAAUCCAAGCUUAUCUCCAACGUGCAAUCCCACUGCACACUCUAUAAUAAUGCAGAAGAAGAACAUAACCGUAUUGACGGUAGCGACGAAAAUUUCAUUGGAACCCUAAACGCCAUCGUUAGGGGAAACAAGAGCUGGAAAGUCGCCCUCAACGACCCGUUCAUCUCGACCCGAAUCAAACCUCCCCACAUCGAGCGGGUCCUUGUGCAUAACCUACACGACUCCAGGUUAGCUCUGCGCUUCUUCAAUUUUCUAGGCAUUCAUUCCAACUUUCACCAUUCCAUUGCAUCUUUCUGCAUCCUCAUUCACGCCUUAGUACAAUCAAAUCAUUUCUGGCCUGCCUGUUCUCUCCUGCAGACCCUUCUUCAAAGAGGAUUGAAUCCCAGAUUAGUUUUCCAUGAACUUCUCAAUUGUUACAAAAGAUUCAAUUUUUCUUCCACUUCCGGUUUCGAUUUACUGAUUCAGAGCUACGUUCAGAAUAGGAGCUUAUUAGAUGGUGUGUUGAUUGUGAGGCUUAUGAAAGAUUGUGGAAUAAUUCCAGAGGCGUCCAACCAGACUGUUUCAUGUCCACUGCCGUGGUCAAGAGCUGGUGUGAGCUCAAGGAAGUUGACAAAGCCAAGGAAAUGGUGAAACGCGUCGAGAAAAAUGGGCAUGAAUCGAAUGUCAAUAUGUAUAACACUUUGAUCCAUGGGCUGUGCAAGGGCGGGAGGGCAGAGGAGGCAGUUGAGGUGAAGAUCUCAUUGGGUCCAAAUGGGAUGAAUCCGGAUGUGGUCACAUACCAAACCCUUGUUCUUGGGUUCUGUAGAGUCUUUCAAUUCCUCAUUGCCCGAGAUUUGGUAUGUGAGAUGUUGGAUUUGGGUUUAGUUCCUAGUCCCGGUGUUCUAUCUGCUGUGGCUGAUGGGCUAGUAAGGAAAAAUGGUGAUAUUAUGGACGCCUUUUCCUUGGUGCAUCAGGCAAUGAAUGUGGGUGCUGUUCCAGGUUUAGUUUCAUACACUAAUUUAAUGAGUUUGCUAUCUAAAGAAGGAAAGUUGGAGGAAGUAAUGAUUCUUUGGGAUAAAAUGAGACGGAAUGGAUUAUCACCGAACGGUGUAACUUACUCUGUUAUCAUAGACACUCUGUGCAAAAAUGGGAAACUGACUUCCGCUAUAGAGGUCUUCAACAGUAUGGAAGAUGCGGACCUACUACCAUCAGUUUAUCCCUACAACUCUUUGCUCAAUGGCUAUUGCAAGGCGGGGAAACCUAGAACAGGGCAUUCUAUGUUGAAGAAGAUGUUUGAUAAAGGAAUCUCCCCAAACGUUGUGACGUACACAUCCUUGAUAGAUGGGUAUUGCAAGGAAGGGGAAGUACAAAAGGCGCUUAGCCUUUUUCAUGAAAUGCUGGGUAAAAACGGUAUCUCCCCAAACGUGUACACUUUCACCGUGAUCAUAUCUGGUCUGUGCAAUGCCAACUUGGUUGGUGAGGCAAGAAAAAUCUUCGAUGAUGUUUCAAGCCCAAAUGAGGUCACAUAUAACGUCAUGAUCGAAGGGUAUUGUAGAGCAGGAAACAUAACCAUUGCCCUUCAACUGUUUGAUGAAAUGUCUGAGAAGGGUCUUGUCCCCGAUACAUACACUUAUAGGUCACUGAUAUCCGGUCUUUGCUCUUUGGGCAAAGCAAAGGAGGCAAAAAAAAUCAUGGCAGAUCUUAAAAGAGAAAACUGUAAACCGAUCCAGAUGUGCUUAUCUGCUCUUCUCCAUGGUCUCUUUAUCUCCAGAAGAGUCAAAGAUGCAUUUGCCACCACUGAUGGGAUGAAGAUGGAUAUCGUUUGUUACGGUGCACUCAUAGACGGGGCAUUAAAGCAUGAUAAGAAACAAUUAAUGAGGAUAUUGAAGAAGAUGCAUGAAGAAGGAUUGAGUCCAGACAAUGUGAUAUACACUAACAUCAUUGAUUCAUACGGGAAAGAUGGCGAUCUUCGGAAUGCGUUUGGCUAUUGGGAAAUUAUGGAGAGUGAAGGGAUCAUUCCAAAUGUGUUAACGUACACUGUGAUGAUAAAUGGUUUGUGUAAGGUGGGAUUAGUUGAUAAAGCUGAGGCUUUUUGCAAAGAGUUGUUAUCCGUUGGUUUGAUACCAAACAAGUUUACUUAUGCUUGUUUUCUUGACUGGUUAACCCGAGCUGGGUCGAUAGAAAAAGCUGUGGAGCUGCAUAACACAAUGCUUGAGGGCUUUCUUGGAAGUGUUGUCACUUAUAAUAUACUCAUUCGGGGGUUUUGUGAAUUGGGCGAAAUUGAUAAAGCUACUGAUACAUUAGUUGAAAUGAGAGAGAAAGGGAUGUUUCCUGAUUGUGUCAGUUUUUCCACGGUCAUCAAUGCAUUUUGUAGGGGAGGUGAUUUAAAGGGAGCGCUAAGGUUGUGGGGGUCCAUGAUUGAUGGUGGGCUCCAGCCCGACAGGGUGGCUUAUGAUAUUCUAAUAUAUGGUUGUUGUGUUGCUGGAAAACUGGAUAAGGCAGUUAAGUUGCGUGAUGAAAUGGUAAGUAGAGGUCUAAGGCCCAAUAAGAGAACACAGGCUUUACUGCCCUAUUGAAUCUUAUUAUUUGUAAAUCCUGUAAUAUAGACAUGUCUCUGUACACUUUGUAAACACAAAAUGAAGUAUUGAACUUAUCGUUUGUACCAUCAAAUUUGGGAAACUAUCACUCCAAUCCAAUUUGGUAGCUCCUAUGAUGAUUUA